UUUUAAAGUUUUGUUUUAAGACAGAAACUAUUAGUGUGGCUGCUGGGAAUUUGGGAAUGGACCCCGGGGCUCACACAGGCCUGCAAGCAGCAGAGGAGCUCUCCUCAGAUGCGGCUUCUAAACAAGCCCUUUAACUGUCUUCACCUGUGUAGAAUUCUGAAGCUCCCUCUAUACAGAACUUUGGAAGCCCGGGGUAUAUAUAUUUGGGGUUACAUAGGUCUGAUUUGCAGGGACUUGCAGGAACGGGCUGAGACCUCCUUGCUAUACAUGAGUGUCUUGAGGUUCUAAGAGAAUACCCCCAAAUCAUCUUCUAGACCUGGACCAUUCUAGGACAGUGGUUCUCGACCUUCCUAACUCCAUCACCCCUUACUUAAUACGGUUCCUCGUGUUGUGGUGACCCCAACCAUACAAUUAUUUUCAUUGCUAUUUCAUAACUGUAAUUUUGCUGUUGCUGUUAUGAAUCAUAAUGUAAAUAUUCUCUUUAAAUGGAGGUUUGCCGAAGGGGUCUCGCCCACAGGUUGAGAACUGGUGCUCCAGAGAGUAAGGGGAUGCAGCUAAGAUUGUCAAACACCAGGAGGCCCCAGAUUCUGGGGGAGGGUGCACUGUAAUGGUACUUCUUGCCCUGAAACUGGCCGAUGGCCAGAAAACACAGAUAUACUGGAACAGCUGUGACUUGAACCCCCAAAGACAAGAGAGGAAAUGGACCCGAAGGGGUAGAGGUCAGUGGUGGAAGGCAUGUCAAGCGUACAUAACCCCGGGUUCGAACCUGAAAAAACAAAGGUGCCACUAACCACAUGUGGCUUCAGAGCCCUCCAGACGUGACCAGGGUCGAUGGAGAGAGAAACGGGCAGAGGAGCUUGUGAGCAGUGAAGGGUGCAGAAGUGUUAUAAACCAUCGCUCUUCGGAGAACCAGGCUUCCAGUCACAGCACAGCUGUACCCCCCCUCAUUCUCCGCGAAUUAGCCGUCCGUUCACUGGAACUCCUCAGCCUGACCCUGGUCCCUGCUAGUCCCUGCAGCCCACAGUUCCCCGGACCCGGCUCCCUUUCCCAGAACGCAGUAGUUUGAGCCCCUAGCCUGCGGUUCUCUCCUAGGCCCCAGCCUUUCCUGCCUUCGACUGAAACAGCAGCAUCUUCUAAGCCCUGGGGGCUUCCCCAGGCCCUAGCCCCGACCUAGAACCCGCCCGCUGCCUGCCACACUGCCGCUUCCUCUAUAAAGGGGCCCGGAGCACCAGCACCCAGGACCCCGCACAGCAGGUGAGCCUCUCCUGCCCUGUCUCCUUGGGCUUACCCCGGUAACAGGCAUCCCUCAGGAUCCUGCCUCUUCUCUUGAGCCACAGUCUUUUCUGUACAACCUGCCUGGAUCCCCCAGCCUUAUCUGGUCCUUGUGCCUUGUGGCUUUGAUUUUUGGUCUGUUCUCAUAGCGUCUAACUCGGCCUUGUCUCUCUCUCUCUCUCUCUCUCUCUCUCUCUCUCUCUCUCUCUCUGUCAUUGUCUCAUUCUUUGGUGGAGCUUUCCUCUUCCAGUCUGUCUUUCUCUCCUUAUCCCCACUCACUUCAGGGUUCCCCUGCCUGUCUGUCCCCUUUUCUGUCUGUCGCCCUGUCUCUCAGGGUGGCUGUCUCAGCUGGGAGGUAAGAUCUGUCUUCCGCUGUGUGCCCCGCCUCCCCUACACACAUACACACAUCCUCUCUCUCUCUCUCUCUCUCUCUCUCUCUCUCUCUCUCUCUCUCUCUCUCUCUCUGCAGGUUCUCCCCAUGACACCACUUGGACGUCUCCACCUCCUGAGGGUGCUUAGCACCCCUCCUGUCUUCCUCCUGGGGCUGCUGCUGGCCCUGCCUCUAGGGGCCCAGGGACUCUCUGGUGUUCGCUUCUCAGCUUCCAGGACAGCUCACCAGCCCCCUCAGAAGCACUUGACCCAUGGCCUCCUGAAACCUGCCGCUCACCUUGUUGGGUACCCCAGCAAACAGAAUUCACUGCUCUGGAGAGCAAACACGGACCGCGCCUUUCUCCGACAUGGCUUCUCUUUGAACAACAACUCUCUCCUGAUCCCCACCAGCGGCCUCUACUUUGUCUACUCCCAGGUGGUUUUCUCUGGAGAAAGCUGCUCCCCCAGGGCCAUUCCUACUCCCAUCUACCUGGCCCACGAGGUCCAGCUGUUUUCCUCCCAGUACCCCUUCCAUGUGCCUCUCCUCAGCGCACAGAAAUCUGUGUAUCCGGGGCUACAAGGACCGUGGGUACGCUCAAUGUACCAGGGGGCUGUGUUCCUGCUCAGUAAGGGGGACCAGCUGUCCACCCACACAGACGGCAUCUCCCACUUACACUUCAGCCCCAGCACCGUGUUUUUUGGAGCUUUUGCUCUGUAGAAUCUAGGGAAACUCAGGAACUGGAUUCCAGCACCUCUAUCCUGUUCAUCUUGAGGGUCACAUCCCCAGUCUCCAGCCUUCCCAACCAAAAUAGCCUGGAGCUUUCACGGGAGUCUGAAGCAUUUCAAGGCACCACGUCUCUCCCCCAGGGCCACUCCAGAUGCUCAGGGGGAGACUCAAGCCUGUCUAGAAGUUCCUGCACAGAGCAGGGUAUUUGUGGGUCUAGGCGGGGCAGAGACCUGGACAUGAAGGAGGGACAGACAUGGGGGGAGGUGUCUGGGGACGGGGGAGGUUGACUAUUUAUGAAGAGAAGGGUUAAGUUAUUUAUUUAUAGGGAAUAAAAAGAGGGGAGAGAUGGAAAGCCGUCGGGUGACAACUAGGUCCCAGACACAAAGGCGUCAGUUACCACAGAACAGGACUCAUCUGAGAGAGGGACGGUGACGGUGAGAGAAGUAGAUGUAGGUGACCAAGGGGUUUUAGAAGAAAGCCCGAGGCUCUAAAAGCCAACCACUGCCUGGCCACACAUCCACAGGGAGCCCCUGCACCAUCCGUGAAUCCCAAUAAACCUCUUUUCCCUGAAAUUCUGUCUGCUUGUGUCUGUCUUGGAUUGGGGGAGAAUGUUCCUGGUCUCUUUAAGGAGUGGAGCAGGGGACAGAGGCCUCAGUUGGAUCAUGGGAGUCCAGACAGAGCAAGGAGACAUAAAGGAGCAGGCAGCUCCCAGUAACAUGAUGGAUUCGUGGGAGUGAGGCAGGCUAAGUGCCGGAGGAGACCCAAAGGAUAAGGCUAGGGAGAUCAAUCCAAGGUUGGGGAGAGACGGAGGUUCUGGGAGAAGUGACUCCCCCAGAGGGUGGGAGAGUGUCCAGGACUGGGAGGGAAGGGGAGAGGAAUCCUUGGAAGACA